UAAAUCUCCAGCCGAUCAGGAUGACAGGGCACAGGAUGGCUGCGCUACAUAAAAAGAAGCAGCCCAAGGUCAUUUCUUCAGGGACGAGACGCCAAACCCAGAAAGCCUGCUCACGCACUCGACUGCCAGCAUCAUCCAGACGAGAAGCUACCGAUUAGCAACAUGACUAGCAUGCCAAUUCGCCCUGUGCAGGCCCAUCUUCAGACGAUUUUGGCAUCCGGAGUUCAAGCGGUCCCAGACCCCACUCCCACAACAGCAAUCGAUGGGCUGUAUCCUGAACCAGCCUCACCCCGAGGUCCUUCGAACUUCCAAAACAACCGAAUCUCAGCAGCUCCGAUGCCAGCAGCUCCAACGCCAAAUGCUCCGAUUCCAGCUGCUGCCCUACCAGCCAUCCGGCGCCGACGCGACAGAGCCAAACAACUUCUCCAAGUCAACGGACCGCGCAUCGCCGCAUUCGCAGCAACACUUGGAACGUUGAUCUACAACAUCGUUGACGCGACUUGCCAAUAAGAGGGUAGCCAUGCGCAUCGUGAAGAAGGGCCCGUCGUAAGGUAGUCUUUGGCAUUCCAGUAUCAUGGUGGAACCGAUGAUCCGAAGAUUUGCGAGUGACGAAGGAACUCGAAGCUAAUUGUUGUGCCUGGAGGAGAGGUACUUAACGAGAAGAAACACGCGUAUGAUUGAACACGCGUAUGAUUGAGCCUAAAUAGAGAAAUCAACAGUAAGGUCGUCGAAAGCCAGAAAGAGCAUUGGUAUCAUAAUGAAACAGAAAUCAGAACGCUACCUGGUCAAUCAAUCCUUGCAAGCGCCUGUUAUUGCUACUGUCACCUCUUCGUGAAACGCAUCAUCCCGCAAGUAUAAUGCAAUGCAACACACUCAUGAGCAGAAGUUCCGCGGCGUAUAACCAAUUUAUUCCCAGUCAUCGUCGCUUUCUUCACCAUUCUUCUUCUGAUCUUUAGGGCUUCCUGGUGCACGGCUCGUAGCUCCAGAGACCAGAUCAUAGCUGGCAUCGGAGUCGGCCACGGAUUUGUUGCCAUCUUCACUUCGUCGAGCAUCUGUGGGAUUGAGAAGACCUGAAUCAUCUCUGCUGGUAGUCGUGUUGGUCGCGUGAAGAGUGGUAGUUGAUGCAGCGGCCAGCUUGUUAGCUCCGGCGCCCGCGUUGGGGGUACUCGCUUUAUCGGUUUCCUCGUCUUCAUCAUCAUCAUCAUCCCAUCUGACCUCUUCUUCGGUAUCGGCAGUCGCGCCUUUCAAUACCUCUUUUCGUCGAGCCUCCUCGGUUUCCACAGCUUUCCUGAGGUAGUAGUAUCGCAUCCAGAAGUCCCUAUAGCCAACCUUCUCCGGUACUAGCUUCUCCAUCGCUCUCCUCAGCUCUUCAUACUUGUUCAAAUCCGUAGCAAUAGACUCCGUCUUACUAUCGACAUUAAACCCAGCUCUCCACGACUCCCAUUCUACACCUUGCGGCUCCUCUGCGAAGGAUGCAGCGUUAGCAUGAAUGGCAUGUAAUUGUGCGUCAAGUCGUGUCGUAUGGAAGACUUUCUUGCCCGUUCCAGCGUCUUCUGUCGAGAACAGUACUUCGGACGAGGACUUGGUACCAUCUUCUUCAUCAGGAGCAGAUAUCGUCACAGCGUCUCGCAGGAAGUUUCGUAGGUUGGUACCAUAACGAACGAGAGCUUCGUCUGCCGCAUCUUCGGCUUUUUGGAGGUCUUUGAGCUUUUGGGCGGCCGUGCUCCGGAACAUGGUCACGAGAGACGCUGCCUCCUUGACUAUAUCUGCAGGUAGACUUUCUGGUGUCUUCCCCUCCCCCUUCAUUGGUUCCCCGUCUUUCGCAGCACCAGCUUCUGUCUGUUCAGCCUUUUGAUCUGCUAAAGUCACGCCAGGAAUAUCUUCCUGCCCAGGUAUUGGUCCAUCCACGUCGCCUCUCCUGAUCUGAAGGUCGCUCAUGCCUCUGGUCCGCUGUGCUACUUGUUCCCGUAGACUCGAGAAGCUCUUCGUAGCUUGCUCACUUGCCCCAGCGGCCUCCUUGGACAGAUCUUGAUAGAACGUCUCGCUCUGCUUUUUGGCUUGAGAGAACCAGCCUCCAAGUUUGGCGCCCCAUGGUGAAGCGGACACGGCCUGGAAGGCCUGUUGAAACUCGGUAUUGAGAGUCUGGGCGGGCUGUUCGGCGUUGUCGGCGGUUGUAGCGGACGAUGAUGCCGCGUCACGGACUUUCUGCCGUUCGGCAGGAGUGAGAGCUUCCUCCUGGAUGUGAUCGUAGGCAACAUCCAUUUUGGAACAGUGUUGAGGUACGGCUAUAGGGAAUACAUGUAUGUGAAC